AUGAUAGCAAACACCUUAUUUGUUAUUUCAUUUUUGUCAUUUGGUGUUCUUUCACUUUAAAAAUGCAAUAUGUAUCCUCAUUCUGCUUAAAAAUGCAUUUAGAAUACUGAAAAAAUUAGAUGUAAUUGAACACAAUUAAUAGUAGGCGAAUAUGAUAAUUUUGGUCAUGUAUGUAGUAAUAACAUGGAGACCAAUUUAGGUUGUUCUCCAAAUCUUAAUAAGGAGGCAUGCUUGAAUUAAUUGACAGAUGGCUAUAACAAUAGAAUUUAAUGUAAUUUAGAUAUUUUAUAAUAUAAAGGUAUUUUUCAAUCGAAGUGCAAGACAGUAGAGAAAAUUUAAUUGUAAAAAUAUGGAUGCUAUGAAAUGUUCAACAAAAACUCUUGUUUAAAUGUGCAAAAACAUUCGUGUAUAUGGUAGGAUAAUAGAUGUUAACCUUUAAAGUAAACUAUAUAAGAUAAUUCAAAAAUAUGUAACAUAUUCACAGCUCCAGUUACUCCUUUUACAUGUACUUAAUUACCAUCUGGUCUUUGUAAUAAUUUAUUUUUUAUAUUAGGUAUGAGUAGUGGAUAUGAGGGAGAUUUUUAAUGUGUGGAACUAACAUUAGACUAGUUAUCAAAACUUUCUUGUUAUGAAUUAGGAUUAAAUGAGGAGGCUUGUUUGGCAAUCAAUAAGGAGAAUCAAUAUUGUAUAAUAUAAAAUAUUUAUAUUUAGGUAUUUUUAAAGAUAAUGAAUGUAUGGAAAUAAAAUUACCAGAUAUAAAAUCAUGCGAUAAUAAAUUUAGUUAAUCUUUAUGUUUGUCUAUUUAAAAUCCAGAUAUAUAAUGUGAAUGGGUUGAUAAUAAAUGUAUAAAAUUUGAGAAAAACUCUGAAUUUUAGUGUGUUAAUUACAAUUUGGUUAAUGUUUCUGUAUGUUAAAUAUCAAAUGGAUUUUGUUAAUAUAAUGUGAGAAAUCAUAAAUGUAUGAAUAUUGAAAAAAAAUUAAUACAUUUGAUAUCAUGUGAUACACCAGGAUUGUCAAGAUUAGCAUGUUUAUCAGUUCAGAAUUAUAAUUGUACCUUUAUAAAUGGUAGGUGUUAAGAAUUAUCUGAAUUCGAGCUUAAUUUCUUUUAAUGUCAUAUGGAAUUAAAUAAAUAAGCUUGUGUAAAUAUAUUAACUCCUUUUUAAUAUUGUUUUUGGAAUGGAAAUAAUUGUGAAAGAAGAAUUAUAAAUUAAGAUUAUGAUUGUCCUUUAAAAUUUGAUAAUAAUAAUUUUAUUGUAAAUGGUAAUGUUUGUUAGGCAAUUUCUAAAAAUAAUAUAAAAUGUAAAUAUAAUAAAUAAACACAUUUAUGUAUUGAGAGUUCAAUAAAUGAUAUUUGUGAAUCUUCAUUUAUAAAUAGAUUUGGUUGUCUAAGUAUUAUUAAAAGUGAUUAAACAUGUUAAUGGACAUCUUUAGGUUGUAAAAAUAUUGAAGUUAUUCAAUAUAUUACUACAUGUGCUAGUUUGGGAAGUGCUAAUCCAAUUGCAUGUUCUUAAGUACAUGAAAAAGAAGAGAAUAUAGGUUGUUAUUUUGAUAAUAUAAAAUAAAAAUGUGUUACAUUAACUAUUAGAUUAAAUCCUAAUGCAACUAAAAAUGAAUAUUAAUAGUAUCAAUAAGAUUUAGAAACUUUAAGAAAUAUCUAAUGUAAUCAAAUAUAAUAAGGUAUAAAUCGAAUUACUUGUUCUUCUAUCACAACUAAAGAUACAGCUUGUAUGUGGAAAAAUAAUUAAUGUAUUUAGAUAGAAAAUAUGAAGGAUAUAUAAAAUAUACCAUGUUUACAUUUAUAAUAUGCUAAUUAUGGAGCAUGUUCUUAUGUAUAAUAUGGAGGAGAGGUUUGUAGAUAUAAUAGUGACAUUAAGGGAUGUGUAAAUUCUAUUAGUCCUCAUAUGUAAUGUAAUGAACCUGGAUUAAAUAGUUCUGGAUGUCUAAAAGCUGAAGGUAAGUGUUAAUUUAUAAAUAAUUAAUGUUAAAAUCCAGAUAAAUAAACAGAAGAAAAUAAUAAUGAAAUUAUUGAAAUUCCAAAACCAGAACCUUCAUAAACAUGUGGAAGUACAUCUCCUACUAAAGCAGUUUGUGUUUCUUUUACAGCUACUUAAUUAAUAUGUUAAUGGAGCAAAUCAAAAGGUUUUUGUGAAGCUGUUGAAAUUAAAGAAAAUUAAUAUUGUCUUGAUUUUGCAAAACCUGAUAUAUAGGUUAAUUCUAAUGUAUGUGCAUCUAUUUUAUCUGAUUUUCCUGAUUAUGAUUAUCAAAAAGGAAAUUAAGUUGAUAAAAAUAGAGGUUAUUGUUAUUAUAAUAAAUAAACAUCUAUUUGUUAAAUUAAAAAAGAAUUAUGUAACACUAAUUGUUGUACAGAAAAUGAAAAUAUUGGAAUAAAUGCUCAUUCAUGUAGUAAAUUUUCAAGUACUGAAAUAGGAGUUUAUUGUUAUUUUAUGAAUUUAAGAUGUUAGGAAUUAACUUUUGAAACUGUAGAUAUAACAAAUCCAAAUGAAGUUAAAUAAUAUUAUAAUGAAAUAAAAUUACCAUGUUCUUCUAUGAAUAAGAAUUCUUGUCAUAUGAUUAAUUGGUCACCAGAAUAAUAAUGUUAUUAUAAUGGAAUUAUCUGUAAUCAAUUUAAAUAAAAAUAUCAUAAUAAUUAUCGUAUUUUCACUGAAGAACCUUCUAUCUUAAAUGAGUAUGCUUGUUUUGCUAUAGAUGGUUAAAUAACUGAAUUUAAUACAUUAAAAUAUAUAGGAUAUGAUGAUAUUAAUAAUAGAUGUGUAGAACUUUUAUUAGAUCCUGAAUAUUCAUAUUAAUAUUGUGAAUAAGUAAAAGGUAAUAGAAAUAUUUGUCAAAGAUAUACUGGUAAUAACUAUUGUAAAUGGGAUGAAAAAUAAAUAAAAUGUAUUACAAUACCUUAUGAUGAAUAUGAUGAAAUUUAAUCAUGUGAUUCAGAAUUAAAUGUUAGAGCAUGUACUGAUCUUAAGAAAAUUAGUUGUUUAUUUUCUUAUCAUUUAGAUAAAUGUAUUAAAUUUAAUGAUGUUAAUGUGGAUUGUAAUCAUUUUUAAACUAUUGGUAAAGUUAGUGAGUAAGUAUGUGUAUAAAUUAACAAACCUGGAUAAUAGUGUCAAUUUCUAAAUUAUUAAUGUGUUGAUUCAACCAAUAGUAACUAUCGCUGUAAUGGUUCAUCAGCCAAUAAUAGAUCUUGUUAUACAAAUACUAAAUUGUUGUGUAGAUGGGAUCCUAAUUCAUUAUAAUGUUAUGAAAAUUAUACAAAAAUAGAAGAAUUAUCAUGUUUAGAUAAUAUAAAUAUUGAAUUAUGUAAAAAGAUAACAAAAGAAGCUUGUGUUUGGAAUGAUCUAUUAAAAUAAUGUGAAAUUUUUAAUACUAUUAAUUCAAUAGAUUUUGAGACUUUUAACAAUACAGGAAAUCAUAAAUUUAAUGAAAUAGCAUGUCUAUUAAUAACAGGAGAUGCAUAUUAUUAUGAUAAAAAUUAAUAGAAAUGUCUUAAACUAACAUCUAAAACAAUAGAUUGUAAUACUUAUCAAAUGAAUAAAUAUGCUUGUUUAUAUCAUACACAAACCCAUAAUUGUUAUUAUGAUGAAUAAGAGAUAUUACCUAAUAAUAAAUGUAAACCAUUUAUUUAAGAUUAAUCAAUAUGUUAGACUUAAUGGCAGAUAAAUAUAGAGGUAUGUAUGAAUAUAUAUCAUCCUUGUAUUUUUGAUGUGGCUACAUUAUAAUGUUAAUCAUUUGAAUUCUUAGAUACUAUGACUUGUACUGAUUUAUCAAAUUAUUCCAUUAAUUUAUAACACCCUAAUAAAAGAGUUUGUUCAUCUGUUGUUUAAUCUUUAGAAGAAACUUUAGGAGAAUUAUUAUGUGUUGAAGAUAAAGUAAAUACAUAGGAAUGCAAAUUCUAAAAAUAUUGUUUUUGGUCCAAUUAUUCAUGUGAAAUUUAUCAAAUAGUAUAUAAUCAUUUAGAUUCAAAAAGUGGACAAGAACAGUCUUAAAAGGAAUGUCCUGAAUUCUAAAAAGUUGAUACUUGUUUUGAAGAAAUUACAAAGAAUGAAUCAUAUGGUAAAAAUAUAUAAUAAUUAAUUGAAAAUAAUUGGGUAUUUAUUAAUGAGACUUGCAAUAUGCAAAUUAUCAAAUAUACUAGAAAUCAUACAUAUUAUUAGCUAUCUGAUAAUAUUAAUGUAUGUAAAAUAUAGGAAUGCUCAAUAAUAGAAAGAAUAUAUUGUUAUGUAAAUACUAUUAUUGAGACUAUUAUUCCAAUAAAUGAAAUUACACCUGAUAAUUAUGAUGCUUCAAUUCAUGAGAUAAAAGUUAUUACUGAUGAUUAUGAUGAAUGCUAGUAUUUUUAUUGCGGUUAAUUAACUGAAUAUGAUUGUAAUAUUGAGAAAGCUAAAUGUUAAAGAAAAAAAACUUGUAAAAAGGAUAUAACAUAUCCCCAUGAUUAAUACAUAAAUAAUGAUUGUACAAUAGAAAAUAAAUAUAUUACUAAUCAUUGGUGCUUAUUAGAAGAAAAUUAUAUCAUAAAUUGUAUCAGCCAUUUUUCAAAAGCAUAAUGCUUAGAAUUGAGUCCAAAAUGUUUUUAUGAUGCUAACUAAGGAGGUUGUAUGUAAUUAGAGGGAAAUGAACAUAACAUUGGAGAUUGUAAUUAAAUCGCAAAUGAUUGUUAUGUUAGUUAAAGUCAUAAUGCAAUUUGUUAAAAUGGAGAAUCAACUAUUCAACCAGGUGAUAAAUGCAAAACAGUAUAAAAAGAAUAUAAGUAUUGUGUACCUCUUACAACAUAUUAAUCACCAUAUUUUUGUUCAGAUAUUUUAGAGACAGAUGCUUAACCUAUUUUAUGUGCUAGAGCUGAUGAUGAUUGUAGAUAUGAUGGGAAAGCAUGUAUAAAUUCAAUGCCAAAACUUAAAGGAAGUGGAUCAUAUCCUUGUGAUAAGAGUUUUAGUAAAUCAAUAUGCGAAAAAUGUGGAUGCAAUUAUAUUUAUUUAGGAUACUGUUAAUAUUAUAGAUAAGAACCUUAAUUAAAUUAAGAUAAAUCUAAUAAAGACUUUCUAUGUUAUUAAGUAAAUCUAUUAGAUACAAUUUAUAAAUAAGAAGUAUGCACAAAAGUUGAUUAAGCAUGUGCAUUUCUAGAUAAUAAUUGUUUAGAUGCUACUCAUUAUUCAUGUAAUUAAUUAUUUGAAUUACCUGUUUCUUUAAAAGCAUGUAUGAAAUGUUAAGAACAUGCUACUAAAUAUGAUGAUAUUUAAUAGAAAUGUUUAAACAUUGAUAAUAUUCCUAAUUAAAAUACUUGUAGUAAUCUUAAUUAAUUAGCUUGUCUUAGAAAAACUGAAGGAGUCCAAUGUAAAUGGGAAAAUUUCAAAUGUAAUACAAUAUCUAUAUUCUAAAGUGAUAAAAUUGAAUGUUCUAUUUUAAAUUAAACUGCUUGUUAUAUUAAACAAAUUAAUAUUUGUUGGGUUGAUUAAACAACUUUUUAAUGUGUCAAUUAUGAUCCUUAUUAGGGUAAAUGUGAUUUAUUAAAAACUUAAUCUCUUUGUGUAAGAUCUUUAUAUGAAAAUUGUAAAUGGACUUUAAAUAAAUGUAUUCAGAAUGAUGAAAUAACUAUUAAUACAUGUAAUAAUUUAAAUCAAUAUUAAUGUCUUAAUGCAAUAGAUAUAGCAUGUGGAUGGUCAGAUUUAUAUGAAAAUUGCUAUCAAUUAUAAUUUAGAUUUUAGCCUUAUUCAUGUAAGGAAUUUUUGAUUAAUGAUUAAUAUUAGUAUAUUAAUCGUAAUAAUUACUUCACAUGUACUUAAAUUAAAUAUAAGGGGGGUUGUAUUCAUGAUUAAUAUUAUAAAUGUAGAGAAGUUAUACCUACUGAUAUUCUCUCUUGUGAAGAAUCAAUAAUUUCUAAUAUCAAUGAAUAUGCAUGUAUAAGAUUAACUAAAGGAUAUUGUAAAUUUGUUGAUAAUAAAUGUUAAAAAACAUAAGAAUCUAAUUUAGGUUGUUAAUCUUAUUUGAACUAAUAAGCUUGUCUAUUAUAAGAUUUUGCUUGUAAAUUCGAUAAUUAUUGUUAAUCAUAUGUUAUAUAUAAUACUAAUGGUAUAAGAGUAUAUUUUCCUUACACUGAAAAAGUUUGUUAAUCUGCUGAUUUCUAUAUCUAUGGCUAAGUUGGUAUAGGUUUAAUAUAUAGUGUGGCAUAAUAAAAAUGUAUAGAUAUUACUAAUAAAAAUAUGAUGAUUAAUGAUUGUUAUUAUGUUGGAAUGAAUAAGUACACAUGUUUAUUAAAGACAAAUACAUAUUGUGAAUUUUAUGACAAUUAAUGCAGAAAUAUUCAGAUGAAAGUAAUUUCAUAAUUAAAGACUUGUAAAUCUACUUUAAAUUAAUUUACAUGCACAAAAUUAAAUGUAUAAUGCAAAUUUUAUAAUAAUUAAUGUGUUCCAAUUACUGAUAAAGAUAAUUGCCAUACCUUAUAAUAUGAAUAAUCAAUUGUAAAUCUUAGAAUAUGUUUAAAUGAUCAUGAAACUCCUUGCAUGUUUAAUGAUAAAACUUAGAAUUGUUAAAAAAUAACAACACCUUAAAAAUGUAUAGGUCUAAAUUAUAAGGGAUGUAUAUUCUUUACAUAAGGAUCUUAUUGUGAAUUCAAGAAUUCGAAAUGUAUUACAUCUUUUGGAAAUCCCAAUUGUAAAGCUGAUAUUAAUUAAGAUAAAUGUUUAUCUAUAAUAACUAGAGGAUAAUUAUGUUAUUUUGAUAACAAACUUGGAUGCCAAAAUAUUGAUACUACUAAAAUUGAUAUAAAUAAAUGUUAUAAAUUUGGAUUAUAAACAAAUCCUUAUACUUGUUCUAGAAGCAUUGAUAUUCCAUGCUUUUAUGAUAAGUAAAAUAAAUAAUGUACUCGUUAUACUGAAUAAACUGCAUAUAGUUAUUAAUAAAAUUAUAGUAUUUCCAAUAUUUCUUCAUUUAAUAAAUGGACAUGUUAAAUGUACAAUAUAUAAAAAGCUCUUAUAUGGAAAGAAUCAUGUUUAGUAGUUAAAAGUUCUGAAUUGGUAUAUUUAAAAUGUACUGAUUUAGUAAAUAAAAUAGCAUGUUUAAGUAUUCUUAUUAUAAUAAUUAUUUUUAAGAAAAUAGAUAAAUAAUAUUAUAUAAUAAUAAUAAAUAUUAUAUUUUUAAUAUUUAAACACCUUAUUAAUUUUGUCAAUAUAAAAAUAAUAAAUGUUAAAAUGCAAAUUUGGAUGAUUUUAAACAUAUGAGUUGUGAUUAAAUAAUAGAUAUAAAUUCUGGUGUAUUUUGUGCACUUAAUCAAAAUAAAAUUUCAUGUGAAUUCAAUAAAUCAUUAUUUAGAUGUUAAAUAGUUGUAAGUGAAUCUAUAAGUUGUGUUGAAAAAGAUCCAGAAGAGAAAGGAUACAAUUAAACAUGUUGUGAGAAAGAUAAAAAUAAUUGUACUUUUGAUGAAAAUUGUUAUAGAUUGAAUUAUAGUGGAUUUUAAUUUUGUAAAGAUAUUAAAGUUGAUGGUUAAUAUUAAUGUAAUUAAGUUACAGGUGAAGGAUGUAUGAUUUAAUAAAAUAUUUGUAAGAAAAUUUAUUAUUAAGAUUACAGUAAUAUUACUUGUGAAUAAGCUAGUAAUAGAUUUGGAUGUGUUAAUAUUUAAACAUAAGAUUAAUAUUGCUAAUUUGAUGGUGAAUAAUGUAAAUAAUAAGAUUUAGUUUAAUAUAAAGUUAUUAGUUGUUUAAGUAUAGUGAAUAUUAAUAAUUAUAAAUUCUGUGAAUAAGUAACAGACAUUGCUUGUACAUUUGAUUUAAAAAAAAAAGAAUGUAGAAAUGUAUAUCAAUAAGAAGAAUUCUCAUGUGAAAGAGGAUUGAAUAAAAUUGCUUGUUUAAAUUAAACAAUUAAAGGAUUAAAAUGUAAAUUUCUAGAAUAUUGUUAUGGUCCUAAUAAUGGAAUUAUGAAUUGUAGUUAUAAUGAUAAAGAAUAAUGUUGUAGAGAAGCUGAUUCAAUUGAUACAUGUUUAAAUUAAAAGAUUUAUGAAUGUGAAUGGACAAAUAAUGUAUGUCAAGCAUCAAAAAAUACAGUAAAUGAAUGUGAUUAAAUAACAAAUGGUAGUUUUUUAGUUUGUGCUUCAAUAAAAAAUACUCUUUGUGUAUUUAUUCCUACUCUAUACAAAUGUGAAAGUUAAAAACCUAGUACAUGUGGUUUAUCAUAAACAAGUUAAUAAUGUAAAAGAAUGAAAUCUAUAUCAUGUAUUUGGAAUUUAUAAGAAGAAAUUUGUAAUUAUUCAGAAUAAUCAGCUUAUUUAAGUUGUUAAUAAAUAAAUGAAAGAUCUGGAAAUUAAAGAUCUUGUAUGAGUGUUGAAGUACCAGGUUAAAUGUGUAUAUUUAAGGAUGAAUAAUGUCUUUUAUUUAUAUAAUAAGAAGAUACAAAUAAUUGUUUAGAUAAUAUUAAUAGAAAUGCAUGUAUUUAUUAAACAAUAAGUGAUUGUUAAUGGAUUAAUUAAGUAUAUAAAGUUAAUAAAUACUAAAAUUCAGAUGAAGAAGAGAUAGUAUAAGGUGAAUGUAUGACAAUUACUAAUAUAAAUAAAAUGUCUUGUUCAUCAAAUUUAAGUUAUACAGCUUGUUUAAAAAUAACUAAAAUGGAUUAAUAUUGUAUAUGGAAAGAUUUAAAAUGUUAAACAAUAGAUUAUUAAUAAUAAUAUACUCCUAAUUAACUUAUUUAUGUUAAUUUAAAUGCAUGUGGUUUAGUAAAUAAUGGAGAUAUAGUAAAGUAUGAUUAAAAAUUAAAAAAAUGUGUAAUUAUUGAAAAUGUUUAAGAAUUAACUUGUAAUCCUGUAAUAUUUGGAAUAAAUGAAGCUGCUUGUUUAAGUAUAACUACUUAACCUUGUAUUUGGAAUAUUAUUGAAAAGACAUGCUAAUAUUAAGAUAUUUUAAUUGAAUCUUAAUAAUGUGAUAAACCUCAUUGGAAUGCUAAAUCUUGUUCAUAACUUAAUAUUAAUUAACCAUGUGGAUAUUAUAUAAAUGGUUGUUAAUUUGUUGAUAUAAAUACAAUUAAAUGUACACAUGCUGGAUUAAAUAAAUUUGCAUGUUUAAAUAUUAAAUAAUAUCCUUGUAUUUGGAAAUAAGAUAAUAAUAAUUAUUAUUAUUGUGAUGAUUAUAUUCCUUAUACUUCAUGUGCAUUAGUACCUAUUAAUGUGAAUUUAAAGGUUUGUUAAUUAGUUAAUUUAGAUGCUUGUUAUUAUGAUAUUAAUAAUAAUAAAUGUGAAAAUAAUAAUUUAUCUAAAAUGAAUUGUGAUACAUUAGGUUUAAAUAUAAUUGCUUGUAUAGAAAUUGAUGGAUGUGUAUUCUAAGAAUAUUGUCAAAAUGUUAAUAAAUAAAUUUAUACUUGUAAUGAAUAUUCAAUUGCUAAUUAUAAAGUUUGUUUGAAUGCAAUAGAUAGUUGUAAAUUCAAUGAAUUAACAUAUGGUUGUAUUCAAGCUAAUGAAGAAUUAUGUGAUACUAAAGGAUUAAGUUAAUAAGGUUGUAAUUCAAGUAAAUGUACAUUAUUUAAUAAUUAAUGUUUAUGCAAUAGUAUUAAAGAUAAAGAUUGCAAUUAUAUUACAAAAAUUGAAUAAUGCAAUUCUCUAACUCAUUGUAUAUAUCUUAAAUAAUUAAAUUAAUGUAAAUGGAAAUAAUGUGAAGAUCAAUCAUAUAAUAAUUGUGAUGGUCUUUAUAUUAAUUCAUAAUAUUGUUAUUCAAAUAAUUUAUAAUAAUGUAAAUCUGCUAAAUAAUGUGAUGAUAUUCAUAAUCCAUUUAAUUAAAAAUGUCCAUCAAUCAAUAAUGAACCAUGUAUUUUUAAUCAAAAUUAAAUUAAUGUUAAUAACUCAUUUGUGAAAUACUCAAUUAAUAAGAAUGUUUAAAUUAUCCAUAUUAUUGUAAAUAUGAAUAGUCUUGUACAUUUAUAGGUUGUAAUAGUAUAUAAAAAAACAAUUGUGAUUCAAAUAUUUGUUAUUGGAAUUCAGAUAUGAAUAGCUGUUAAGAGUAGAUUGAAUGCUCUUAAAUACUUUAAUAAAAUAAAUGUAAAUAAUAAAAAUAUAAUAAUAAUAAUUGUUAAUGGGUUAAUUAUGAAUAAUAAUCUUUUUGUACUAUUACUCCUUGUAGAUAUUUGCCAAAUAUUAUUUAAUGUACUGGUGUUUAUAUGGAAAAAGGAAUUUGUGUCUUAUUAACUGAUUAAACUUGUGUAUCAUGUGAAGAAAUUUAAAGUUCUUGUAUUUGUCUUUAAAAUAAUGAUUAUUGUGAUUAUAAUUUUAAAGAAAUGAAAUGUUAUUCAAAGAUUUGUGAAAAUUAUUUAACCAAAGAAGACUGUCCAGAAUAAUAUUGUGAAUUUAAAGAGACUGUAAUUAUAUUUAUUUAAAUAGUGCUUACCAUAAUGUAAUUCUCUUUAAUAUUAAUAAUUAUGUGAUAAUAAAUAAUAUUGUAUUUGGAAAGAUUAACAAUGUAAAAAAAAGGACUCAUAUGUUCGUGCUAAUAAUGAGGAAGGAUCAUAUGGAGAAUUAAUAUAAUUAAUUCUAUUAAGUAUUUUGAUUCUAAAAAUAUGA